UUCUCUCUGAAACAGAGUUGAACAAUGACGAUUCCUCCUAAAUUUUCUCUGUUUCACCGCAGAUUUAUUACCGGAGACAAACCAGUUCUUACUGUAGACGAUGAGUUCUUGAAGAAGCACACGAAAGUGUUGCUAAUAUCAGACUCAUCGGAGAAAAUUUGGAAAGUGAAACUAGACGGAAGCAGGCUCGCCGGCGGCGGCUGGGAAGAGUUCGCCAAAGCUCAUAGUUUCAUAGACGGAGACGUCUUGGUUUUCAGACACGACGGAAACGAGAUCUUUCACGUAGCUGUGUCCCCUCGAUCGGAUUCUUGGGACAUACGUCACCACACGUCUCCUAGCUUGGUUGAUACUGACGAUGCUGUGAGUGAUGAUGAAUCUGAUGAUGAAGAAGAGGAAAGUGAUGACGACGCAGAUUGUUCUGAUUCAGGGGACAUUUCGGUGAACAAGAAGAAGAACAAAGAAGCAGGCUUCUCUUGUUUCCUCAGAGCACGUGUCACACCUUAUAGCCUCAUCAAAGAUCGUUUGGAUCUUUCUAAAGACUUCACUGUUGUGUCGUUUAAUGAGCACAACAAACCGUGCGAGAUAGAUUUAGUUAACGAGAAAGGAAGAAAAUGGACACUGUGUCUAUCAAAAAACAGUACGAGUGGUGUGUUUUACAUCAGGCGAGGCUGGGUUAACUUCUGCUCCGCUAAUGGGAUAAGUCAAGGCGACAUCUGUAAGUUUAAACUUUCAGAAAAUGGGGAAAGGCCUGUGCUUAGGUUGUGUCCAUCUAGCAAUAGCCAUGAAGAAGAAGAAGAGUGCCCUGAAGUAGAUGCAGUGAAGACUUCUUCUGUAGGAGGCUGCAGCAAAGAGAAGAGAAAGGGAAAGGGAAAGAAGCAGAACACUCCUUCUCAGUUUCUGACAGUAAAGUUGACACCUAGCCGGUUACAGACCGGGCAGCUAUAUAUUUCAUCGGUUUUCGUAAAUGAGAGUGGCAUUAAGAAGUCUGGAGAGAUAACUCUGAUGAACCAAGAUGGUAGAAAGUGGCCAUCUUAUCUUCAGAUGACAGGACAGUGUGGAAGUGAAUGGUUUUAUCUGAGACAUGGCUGGAGAGAGAUGUGUAAAACUAAUGGCGUUAAAGUAAAUGACUCAUUCGUGUUGGAGUUGGUUUGGGAAGAUGAUGACGCUGUGCUUAAGUUCUGCUCUAAGGUUGAAAACAAGGGAAAUGGAAGCGGAAGACCUCGUAAGAAGAGAGUUUGUGAGACUCCGAUAGUAGAAACUGAGAAACGGAAGAGAGGACGACCUAGGGUUUCAAACACUAACUCAAGUAACUUGCGUCGCACGCAACAAGAAUCUUUGUCAGUCUCUGAUCAAGUUGCUAACGUGAAGCUGAGCAUUCUAGACACUCUGAACACUGUAAGACAGUUCCGAGCAGAUAUUGAAGCAAGGGAAAAGAAUCUGGAAGCUUCAUCACUCGAAGUUGACGCCUUAGGGGAGAGGAUACUGGGAAUCAACCAAAUUCUCAACAAUUAUCUGCUGUAACGUAAAAGUGAAGAGUCGUUUAAAGAAACAAAAGAUUAUCUGCAACCACUUAUUGUAUCCAGUGGUGGUGGUGUUGCGUGUUCCACAAGAAACGCUUCUUUUCUCCAAACUAAAUUAGAUUUCCUUUUCAGUAUUUCAGACUUGCAACUUUCUAGACACUGCUCAUUUUGUUGGUG